CUUUCCAAAAAUGUCUAAAGUUAAAUUCGCUGUUGGAGUGAUGUCCAACGACGCAAAAGUCGAAAGGGCCGAGAAAACGAGGGAUGAUGUUUGGGAAGAGUUGAGAAAGACGGUUGAAAAUGAGUAUGAUCUUGUGACGAUUUAUCUACACAGUGAUGAACAUGGGUUUGGUUUUAAUAUCAGAGGUGGAAUUGACCACCCCCAUGUGGGAUGUGACACAGGCAUUUUUGUUACCAACAUUCGUGCAAAAAGUGCUGCCGGAUUGGAUGGAAGACUAAGUCGAGGCGACAGGAUACUUGCAGUAAAUGAAAUAAGGUUGGACAAUAUCACCCAUGAUGAUGCUGUAAAAGCAUUUCGAAUGUCAGAUGUUGCGGUGACAAUGUUAGUAGAGAAGGGUGCAGAACAAAGAAUAUUAGGAAAGCCCAAGACACCCAAAUCUCCAUUAUCUCCAGAAGCAGGAUGUUCUGAUCAAGUAGAUACACCUUUCAGUGAGGGAAAUUCUGGAAAAAGACUACCAUCAGCUGUAACUUCGUUUUUGGAUUCAACAUUAGGGGCCUUAUCUCUUGGAAUCAUGGCUGGGAGUCUUGCUGUGUUUGUUGGAAUAAAAGUUUACAGAGCAAUGGCAAAAUGAGAAUGAAACUAUCAGAGACAAUUAUUGUGUAAAAGUUUUAUAGAGUAACUUGUUUUAUAUGCAUUUUACAGUUACGUUUUUUCUUACUUAUGAAGUUCUUGGGCACAUAUAAAACUUAUAUAACCUUCUGGAAGUGUAGGAAGCAUUAGCUUAGUGUUCCAAGGUCCAACAGGUCGCUCAAACAUGAUUUCCAGGUUUAAGUAAGUUAAAAAAAAUUCACAGUUUUAGAGAAAAAUAUCACAAUACAAGGAGAUAUGUUGUAAGACUAAUUUAAAACUUAAUUCUAAGUUUUCCCACAACUUACCAAUUUGGGUUUUUUACCAAGUCUCUUUGCAAAAGUUUCCAACAGCUGAUUUCUAACGUCGACCAAAGAAACGCGUUUUCUUUUCUGAUGGUUUCCCUGUGGAAAUUCCAGUCUUCGCUCCGAACACAGGAAGCCCGAAAGAAAAAAUAAAGAACAUUGCAUGUGGACUCAAGGGACGAAGAUAAUUUUAAAUCUUGAAGCUUUGUAACACCUUGUUGACCUUGUAAAUAACACAGAGUAUCAUCAGCUUUUAA